CUUCUCUCGUUCUCAACAAACAUUUUCCCAAUUGCACUGUAUCACUUAGACGUCUACAUCCAAUACAUCUAGACAAGAUGGUCAAAGCUGUCGGUAUCGAUCUCGGAACCACAUACUCCUGUGUCGGAGUCUUCCAAAACGACCGUGUGGAAAUCAUUGCCAACGAUCAAGGAAACCGAACAACACCUUCCUAUGUCGCCUUCACCGACUCGGAGCGUCUCAUUGGAGAUGCUGCGAAGAACCAAGUCGCCAUGAACCCCCACAACACCGUCUUUGACGCUAAGCGAUUGAUUGGACGAAAGUUCAGCGACGCCGAAGUCCAGGCCGACAUGAAGCACUUCUCCUACACUGUCAUCGACAAGGCCGGCAAGCCAUACAUCCAGGUCGACUUCAAGGGAGAGCAGAAGCAAUUCUCUCCUGAAGAGAUCUCCUCCAUGGUCCUGAUCAAGAUGAAGGAGACCGCCGAGGCUUACCUCGGAGGUACCGUCUCCAAGGCUGUCAUCACUGUUCCCGCCUACUUCAACGACUCCCAGCGUCAAGCCACCAAGGAUGCCGGUCUCAUUGCUGGUCUUGAGGUUCUCCGUAUCAUCAACGAGCCCACUGCCGCUGCUAUCGCCUACGGUCUCGACAAGAAGGGAGCCAAGGGCGAACAGAACGUCCUCAUCUUCGAUCUCGGUGGUGGUACUUUCGAUGUGUCCCUUUUGACCAUUGAGGAGGGUAUUUUCGAAGUCAAGGCAACUGCCGGAGACACCCAUCUCGGAGGAGAAGACUUUGACAACCGUCUCGUCAGCCACUUUGUCCAGGAGUUCAAGCGAAAGAACAAGAAGGACAUCACUGGCAACGCCCGAGCCGUCCGACGUCUGAGAACCGCCUGUGAACGUGCGAAGAGAACUCUGUCUUCUGCCGCUCAAACUACCAUUGAAAUUGACUCUCUCUUCGAUGGUAUUGACUUUUACACUUCCAUCACCCGUGCUCGAUUCGAGGAACUUUGCCAGGACCUCUUCCGAUCCACCAUGGAGCCUGUCGAGAAGGUUCUCCGUGACGCUAAGAUGGACAAGGCUUCCGUCAACGAGAUUGUUUUGGUCGGAGGAUCCACCCGUAUCCCCAAGAUCCAGAAGCAAGUCGCCGACAUGUUCAGUGGACGAGAGCCCAACAGAUCUAUCAACCCCGACGAGGCCGUUGCUUUCGGUGCCGCCGUCCAGGCCGCCAUUCUUACCGGUGACACUUCCGAGGCCACUCAGGACCUGUUGCUUCUCGACGUUGCCGCUCUUUCCAUGGGUAUCGAGACCGCUGGUGGUAUCAUGACUCCUUUGAUCAAGCGAAACACCACAGUCCCAACCAAGAAGUCCGAAAUCUUCUCCACUUACGCCGACAACCAACCUGGAGUCUUAAUCCAAGUCUACGAAGGAGAACGUGCCAAGACCAAGGACUGCAACUUGCUCGGAAAGUUCGAGCUCGCCGGUAUCCCCCCCGCCCCUCGUGGAGUCCCACAGAUCGAAGUCUCUUUCGAUGUCGACGCCAACGGUAUCUUGAACGUCGGCGCUUCCGACAAGACCACUGGAAAGAGCUCCAAGAUCACUAUCACCAACGACAAGGGUAGAUUAAGCAAAGAUGAGAUCGAACGAAUGCUCGCCGAGGCUGAGAAGUACAAGGCAGAAGAUGCUGAAGUCGCCGAACGUGUGCAGGCCAAGAACGGUCUCGAAAGCUACACUUACUCCCUCAAGAACACCUUGUCAGAGCAGGCCGACAAGUUCUCCGCUGAGGACAAGGAGGCUCUCCAGGCCAAGGUCGACGAGACUGUCAAAUUCUUGGACACAGCCGACAGUGCCUCCAAAGAUGAAAUCGAGUCACAUCAAAAGGAGCUCGAAUCCGUCGCCAACCCGAUCAUGCAGCGAUUCUACGGUUCGCAGGGCGGAGCUGGAGGCAUGCCAGGUGGUGGCAUGCCAGGAGGCGGUAUGCCAGGAGGUGCUGCUGGACACGACGAUGGUCCCUCAGUCGAAGAGGUCGACUAGAGUAUUCAUUCGAGACGCAAAAUGGACUCAUGAGAAUUUGGAUUCGCGAAUCAGAUUGAGAGCUCCAACUGUAUAUCACAUAUGCAUUUCCAUGACCUUAGA